GGAAUGCCGGAGAUCGGUUUAGUACUUAGUUCGCGUAUUUAAUUACAUUUGGUUAAGCGGAGUCUCUUCUGUGCGUGGUAAAAAAAAAACUCUAAAAUGACUCGCCCUGUUCUGCUGACCGAAAACUCUAGAACGGAAUUGAUCAACGCCAACGAAGAUCAGACUCUAAGCAAACUAGCUCAGUUCGUAGCAGCAUUUGUAAGUACAAUAUCAGCGAUAUGUUUGGGCAUGGUAUUCAGCUGGACCUCGUCAGCCCUCGUCACGCUGACAGCUGAAAUCGGAAUCACACAAAUUCAAGGGGCGUGGAUUGGAUCUCUCGUUACGUUAGGAGCGUUCGUCGGAGCAAUACCUGCAGGUCCUCUGGCAAAUAAAUUUGGAAGAAAGUCCUUCCUUCAGGUUGUUAUAAUCCCGCUUUUCCUAUCAUGGAUCCUGAUAGCGUAUCUAUACCACCAUGUCUGGGUUGUAUACUUGGCCAGAUUUCUCGCGGGAUUGUCAGGAGGCGCAGUUAGUGUCGCCGCCCCUAUGUACGUAGCGGAACUAGCGCAUGUUUCGAUUCGUGGCACUCUGGGCACCUUUUUCCAAGUGCAGAUUACCGUCGGAAUAUUGAUCGGAUACCUUAUGGGUGGAAUGAUAACGGAUAUCCGCACCUUGUCGCUGUCGUCUUCGGUUCUUCCCGUAGUUUUUAUGCUGUGUUUUGUAUUCAUCCCCGAAUCGCCAGUAUUUCUGUGCUCCAAGGAUAAAAUGGAGGAAGCGAGACAGAGUCUUAUUUGGUUUAGAGGAGAAAUUUACGAAAUUGAAGACGAAUUAGCGGCGAUAGUAGACGAUCUAAAGGAGUCGAAGAAAAACCAAACCAAACUGUCGGACUUGGUCAGGGACAAAGCAACGGUCAAGGCUUUGAUCAUAGCCCUCGGAUUGAUGAUUUUCCAGCAGCUGAGUGGGGUAAACGCUGUGCUGUUCUAUGCCAACAAUAUCUUCGAAAACAGCGGAAGUUCUCUGUCACCAAGCGGGAGUAGUAUUCUGAUUGGAAUAGUACAGGUAUUGGCAACUCUCGGUUCUACAAUCCUCAUCGAUCGAGCUGGAAGAAAAUUACUACUCGUAGUUUCGGAAUUCGUGAUGACCUUGUCCAUAGCAUCACUGGGAUCUUACUUUUACCUCAGCCAGUUCCGAAAUCUGUCGGAUUACUCGUUUAUACCGUUAGUGAGCGUUGCUGUAUUUAUAAUUUCCUUCUCAAUCGGAAUAGGCCCGAUACCGUGGAUGAUUAUGGGUGAACUCUUCACUCCGGACAUUAAGGGGCCGGCUAGUUCAAUUUCCGCUUCCCUAAAUUGGUUCCUGGCGUUUACGGUCACCAAUCAAUUCGCCAAUAUGACGCAAUGGUUCGGUACUGGUGGGACGUUUUUGAUGUUUGCACUAGUUUGCGCCAUCGGUACAGCGUUCAUCUCCAUUAUGCUGCCAGAGACCAAGGGAAAAAGUCUGGAAGAAGUGAGAAACGAGCUCUUGGGAGUGCGGCCGCCAGUUGCACUUUUCCAAGCCGACUUCAAAUGCGAGCGAAUGACGUCUUUCGUUUGACAUUUGACAUUCACACCAAUGGGUUCUUGAUUCUGAUUUGUAUAUAUCUGUUAGUGUAAGUUGCAAAGCAAGGAAAUAGUUUUGAAUUGCUUUGUGAAAAAGACUGAUUGUUUUAUACAUUAA